AGGGGUCUGGUUCUUUGGCUUCAGAAUUUAGAAAAGAAGUUGAUUUGAAAAUACCAGACUUCUGGGUUCUUUUAGAAGUAAACAAUACUAUUCAAGUGAUACUUUAUAAAGAAAAUUCUGGCUAA